UCGUGUUCGCUUUGCUACAAAAAUGCCAGGACGGCGAUGUGCAGUUUUCGGCUGUAAUAAUAGCCGCAUUUCCACCAAGGAUACGGAACCGGAAAUCAUUUAUCACAACUUUCCUAAAAAAAGCGAUGAUUCCAUACGUAAAGAAUGGAUACGGCGCUGCAAACGAGUAAUGAAUCCGAGCACGAGCCAAAUGUGCUCUGCUCAUUUCACUGCCGAGGAUUACGAACGUGACAUGAGGAACGAAUUAUUAGGGUUACCGUUACAAAAACGUCUCAGGAAAAAUUCCGUUCCUACUUUGAACUUGCCCGAGUCGUCAAAAGAGACAACGCACAGUUUAGCUCGGAAGGAACGGUCUUUAAAAAAACAAGAGGAAAGACAAAGGAUAGAAGAAAUGAAUGAGUUAAUUGAUGAGCCCCUAGCGACCUUGCCUAUUUUAAAUGAGCAGUCUACAGCAGCGACACAUCCUCAUGAAAGUUAGGACACUACGGAUUCCAAACAGGAUUUACACGAAUGAAGUGGACCCAGAAAACCAAGCAUUGGGGGCUACGAAUAUGGCUGAUUAUGGUGUUGUGUGCAGGCGCACCCUCCUGUUGAAUCCGACAGUUUCCAACUUUUGUUU